AACAUUCCUGAGACGUGAGAAACUGAAACAGUGCCAGAAGCUGCAGUGCCCGCUCGAGUGGCCACAUUACAACCCCAGAGAUUAGGAGGAAUUCGCUGUUUGUUGUUCUUCGCGUCCUUGAACGUUUGACGAGUACGUGAGAGCUCGAAGCUGAAAAUCUUUACAAAACAUCUAAACAUAACAUCUUACGUCAACGCAUCGUUUCAAUUCCUGGAUGGCAACCCUGUGCAACAUGUUUAAUCCCAUCUACUUCCAGCCCGGAUUUGGAAACCUACAACACAAGCUGGCCAGAAGAGAACAACACCGGAUUUAGGAAACGGAGCCGGUGGAAAAACAUGUGGGCACACGCCUGAUAAAAGGCAGUGCGCUGCGGCUCAGCGCAGAGGGUCAGGACAGCCACAACUCUGGAAAGAUGCCUAGGGCCGGCGCCGCUUGUUUAGUGAUCAUUCUCACUGGGCUCACUGUGAAAGGCUUCACCUUGAAAUACGCGGUUGACUGCUCGCACCCGUGUGAACGGACCGCCGCGUGUCCCGGGACGGCGGGCUGUAAAAGGACUGUGCUGGAUGACUGCGGCUGCUGCAAGGUCUGUGCAGCCGCCAGGGGAGAGGUGUGUUACCGCACUGUGGCCGGAAUGGAUGGGGUUAAAUGCGGACCUGGUUUACGGUGCCAUUUUAACAGCGAAGAAGACGAUUUCGGGGAUGAAUAUGGCAUAUGCAGAGACUGUCCCUUUGGAACCUAUGGACUGGAAUGCAGGAAGAAAUGUCAGUGCCCAUUUGGGAUCUGUAACAGAGAGACUGGAGAGUGCAUGAAGUUCCCGUUUUUUCAAAUCCCUGAAACAAAACCUGGAAACCGGAGGGAGUCUGCAUCCCCACCAGAAAUCGAGCAAGGAUCGGGACACACCAAUGAUGACCUGAAACAGAAUGUCCUCAAGGAUGAAACAAACAGCUCCACGGGAGAGGAACGACAAACCCCUCGCUGAUGCCAGAUUUCUAUCUGAAAUGAGCUGUCUUGGAACUUACUUUAUAAUGCAAUUAUCCGAUGUCGUAUUUAAACACUUUGUGGACUCCAAAAUGUUGUUUGUACAGAAGCACUAUUUUGUUUAGAAUUGACAUUCUUGACUUAUAUUUUGUAGAAAGUGCCUUAAGAUAUUUUGUCUUACCUUCAAUGGUUCCUUUUGGAAAAUCCCAUGCAAACAUCGGCCGGACAAUAGGAAAGAUAGGACAGUGCAAACCGAGAGGCGCCACUUCGUAUCACACCUCACAGAUCCUAAAGGAUAAGGUUUCAUAGCAUGGAUCUGUCCCGUUUAUUCUCCGUUGCAGAAGCAGUUGUUAAGAAUUUUGACUUCUGUGUUUAUGCCAACACAUUGCAUUCACUUCACAAAUGUUAAAAUUCAGUGGAAGCCAAGCCUGACUGAAAUACUGACACAGUCGGGAAAGCACCUACAGCACCGUGACUCCAUUUCUGAGUAUAAUUUGGGGAAACCUAGGCAUUAAUCAGGGAGUCUCACUUGUCGCUCAAAGUAUUUUGCUUUCCCAUUACACCGUUACUGUUUAUUAUUUCACCCAUACCGCUGUACUCAACCCCUCUUAAAACUUACUGUUCUUGUUUAAUCUAAGUUGUUUUUAAUAGUAUGCAUAUUUUCUCUCUUUCCAAGCACCCCAUUGCGUUGUAUUGAAGCCUCCUCAUACUAUGCCACGUCCAUUUUCAGGACCUCAAGAUUGCUCUAUCCUCAUUUUCCUCAACUCUUCCUGUUGGGAAUCCCAGUUUUCUAAACCUCAAGUUUGUUAUUGCCUAAUUGUUACUACUUGUCUCGUUUCAUUUUGUUCUUCAUUCUACAAAUCUUAGCCUUAGUGUCUCCAUUUAAAAAAAAUCAUUGUGCAUGCAAAUUGGCACAGGUAAUUACUAUAAAACAGCUUUGCCUCAAAAAAUAUAGACUCAAUAUUUGUUAAAUUGCUGACAAUAGUCAACUUUGUUCUGGCAUUGCCAUCUUCUGCGUUUCAUAAUCUGUAGUUAACUGUUUGUCAGCCAAAAAUUGUUCCAACCUCCAGACCAUUCAUCAAUUAACAAAGAAUAUUGAUUUUUACUGUUAAAAUAUUGUGAAACUAGAUGGAUCUUUCGUAGAUAACAUGUGUGUGUAUAUAUAGUAAAAUGUUAGGUAUUACUAGUUGUUGGUGUAAUCCAUGUUCCUUAAUAGAGAACAAACAUUCAGAUUCCUUUUUUGUGCUUCACUAUGUAUAUAUUGUGAAAUCUUGUGUAGGGAAGCCACAAUUAUCUUUACUGAAUGAAUAGGUAAAGAUGAAAAUGCACAGUGUGUCUUUGAGUACUUGAAAGUCAAAGAUUGUAUGAUUUUUUUUUCAGAUGGAAACAUGUCCUGAAGAAAUUCCACUAAAAUGCUAACCAUCUUUUCAAUGUUAAAUACCCGAUGAAAAGUGGUGCCUUUUUAUUUACUAAAUUGUUUUCUGAAAACUGUAACUAUCACUCAAGAGCUGAAUAUAUUGUGUUGUAUGUAUUUUAUGUAGAAAAAAAUGUGAAUAAAUUCAAAUCCAUCCCGAAAGGGCAUGGAAAAUAGAAAUAAAGCUCAGUUUUUAAGAA